AUGGGAAAAUUUAGUGCUCUCAAGUCGACGAUCAGAAGAACAAAAACCGAAAUUCACAAGGAAAAGAAGAAACAAAAAAGACAAUAUCAAUUAAAAAGUAGUACCGGAAAAGUAUGGGACAGGGAGUUGACUGCUAAAUACAAUUAUGCUCGAUUGGACCUCGUGGCUGACCCUAACAAACCGUCAGAAGAGAAUCACCAAGUUGCCGAAACACUACCAAAAGAAAAAAAGCCAGAAAUUUUAGAUGAAAUCAUUAGUAAAAAGCCACAAUUCAAAUCGAGAUUGUGCUUUAUUGUUCACGAAUCGGAAAGAAAAACUCUGCAAGCACUAAUUGACAAACAUGGGGAAAACUAUACAGCAAUGGCUUGGGAUACUGAUGUUAAUAUUCUACAAUGGACACCUAUACAAUGUGAAAAGAGAGUUAAAAAGUACAAAAUUUAUAUGGAACAACUUGAAUAUGAAGCCAAAACAAAGACUGGAGUUAAAGGCCCAGUCCAACCAAAGAAGAACUACAAACAUCCUAUCAAUGAAGGAGACAGAUAUCAAUAUCAUAAGGAAACUGAUGUCUUCUUUUAA